AUGGAUAUAUCAUCAAACGCAAAACCUAGGUCGCUUGUGUUGGCUGGCUUUCGUACGGCUAGCACAUUCGAAGACAUCCCGAUAAUCAACCUAGAGGACGCCAGGAACGAUGAUCCAGUUGUGCGGAGAGCGCUGGCUGACCAGAUACGAGAUGCUUGCAUCAAUGUGGGCUUCUUUUACGUUAAGAACCAUGGGAUACCAGAAGAUACCAUAUCCAAGGCAGUCGACGCGGCUAAGCGAUUUUUUGCUUUGCCACAGUCUAGAAAGACGGCACUGGACAUUCACAAGAGCCCGAACUUCAAGGGUUAUACGGCUCUGCUAGGGGAAAACACGAACCCAGAGAAUCGCGGUGAUCUUCAUGAGGGGUUCGAUAUCGGAUGGGAAGAGCUCACAGGGACUUCCCGUACCGAUGAUGGACUCAUGACUGGCGAGAACGUAUGGCCAGCAGACAUGCCUGGAUUCAGAGAAGCAGCACUCGAAUACUACCAUUCGGCUGUGCGAUUGGGACAAUCGCUCUUCCCCCUAUUCGCCCUCGCCCUCGACUUACCAGAAACAUUCUUCGACGAUAAGACGACCAAGCCAGCUGCGAUCAUGCGGUUGCUGUACUACCCGCCUCAGACCGGCCCUGUCGACGAUAGGCUUCAAGGUAUCGGCGCUCACACUGACUACGAGUGUUUCACGAUAUUGUGGCAACAAGACGACGUUCAAGCGCUCCAAGUACUGAAUGCGAACGGGAAAUGGGUAAAUGCUAUUCCCAUCCCUGGAACGCUUGUCGUGAACUUGGGUGACCAGUUUGCAAGAUGGACCAAUGAUGUGUUCAGGUCGACGGUUCAUCGGGCCAUCAACCGCUCCGGCGUCGAGAGAUUUUCCAUACCCCUGUUCUUCGGGACGGAUUACGACGUCAAGCUUGAGGCUUUACCAAGUUGUGUAUCCGAAGACUAUCCCCCCCAGUAUGAAGUGGUCACAGCUGGGGAAUAUGUCAAGUCGAGACUAGAGGCGACGUACACCCACUCGAAGGUGGAGCACUGA